GAAAUAAUCAAACUGAUGUGUGUGGAAAGAACAAUUUAUUGAUAACAUUAUGUUUUUAUCAGUUUAAAUCCUUUAUAAACUCAAUAUUCAUGUGUUAAUAAAUCUAAAUUGUAUUUUUUAAUUUUUAGAUGACACUUGCUCUGAUACUUCCACUUGUUAGAAAUAAUUUUAAGGUUCUCAAAUGCCCAUAUCGCAGUUUAAACAUAUUUUCGAGGACAAUUAAAACUUCUUCCACAUGUUAUGAUGAUUCUUCUUCCUCAAAUCAAUCUUCUGAGGAUUUGGGACCUCCAAUAAGGAGACCUAGGAAAUACCUUGAUAUGAAAACGUUUAGAAAAUUCUUAAAACAACAAAAGACUUUAGAUAUCGAGAAUGAGAAGAGAAUAAUAAGUAAAGCACACUCAAAACCACCUCCAGAUGGUUGGGAUAUUGUUGAUUUUCUAAAGGCUUUUGAUAUUGGAGACGGAGUUGAAUCUAUUGCGGAGUCUUUUGACUCAUGGAACGAGUUUAUAUCAUCAACACUUGAGGAACUGUACACGAACACUACCAUGACCAAUAAACAAAGACGCAAAAUCUUUAAAUACAUCACAUUAUAUAAUCAUGGCUUGUGGCCCAAUGAUAAUCCCAUGGAUUAUGUUAAGGCGUUCCAAGCACCCCCUCUCGCUAACGAGGGAAAGCCUUGGGAUGAAGAAGCUGAUAAAGAACUUCUUAGGCUUGCAGAGUAUUAUAACGUUGAUUUUGGUGACCCUUGGAUUUAUAUUUCUUGGGACAUGCAGAGAACAAUAGAGGAUGUUCAGGACCGAUACACGGAGAUAGUCCUAAAACCCAAAUACAAAUCUGAUAAAUGCGACUUUGGAAUAACCUGCUGUCAUGAACCGCUGCUUAUGAAUCGCAAGUUUAAGCUAGACCCUCCAUUCCUGUACAUUAUACCAUCAGAAGAGAAUUUCCCACUAACUGAAAUACAAUCUGGAGACGGAGAUGUGAUAAAGGACCCUAAAGAUGUGUUUUCUGAUAAAUUUCUCAAGUAUAGAAACCCAUCAAUUUUCUAACUAUUUC